AUGGUGAGUGCUUUGCCACAAAGUAAUCUUAAUGGUGAAUUUUGUGAUUCUACUCUAUGGCGAGAAACUGCGGGGAAUAGUGAAAUGCCUCAUGCAGCAGUCUAUAGAAAAGAAAAUGACAAGCUUACAUUCAAAAGCAUAGAAAAAUCAAUUUUUGAACUGCAAGACACUGACGCUUCUGCUGAUCUCAGAGCUUCUUCUUGUUUCAAUUCCAGCGAGCCAAUCAAAAUAAGGUCCUCUCUUGAAGAGCUACAUGGAAGUUAUGAAUACUUUGAUGAACAUUCUUUCUUCUCGAGCAUUCCUCAAGGCUUUAUUUGUCCACUUACUGGAAAGUUGUUUGAAGAUCCAGUGACAAUAGAGACGGGGCAAACAUUUGAACGGGUGGCCAUCAAGGCAUGGUUUGAUCAGGGAAACAGAGCGUGUCCAGUAACAGGAAAAACUUUGGAAUCACUUGCUGUGCCACUUACCAAUUUUGUUUUGAAGCGAGUAAUUGACAAUUGGAGAUCUGGACAUUGUAAGAACCUCUUGGCUUUUGCCUCUCAAGUAAUGGAAAACUCAGGCAGACAUGGUCUCAAACACUUGGAUGAAACUGUCGUUUUCAUAUUAGAGCAGCUUCUCACUGCUUUCAACGAGGAGGGAAAAAGAACAAAUGCCAGGCAUAUCAUAUCUCUUGGUGGCUUGCAUUUUCUUCUUCAAAGGUUUGAAGUGGGAAAGCUAGAAGAGAAAGCUCAUGUGGUAGCACUCUUGUCCUGUUGUAUUGACGCAGAUGCAAGUUGCAGAAAUCAGAUAGCGAGAAAUAUCAGCAAACAGUGUCUUCUUGAACUACUCCAGAGCAAACAGGUUAAGUCGAGAACAAAUGCAGUGCUGCUGUUGGUCGAACUGAUUUGCCUGAAAAGGUGGAAAGAUGUUACUUUAUUUUUAAGUGGCUUGCAGAAUGAGGGGAUAGCGGAUACAAUGUAUGUUCUGCUUGUGUAUCUCCAUAGUUCUCCAAAGGAGCAGAGACCUCUGGUUGCUGUACUUCUGUUACACUUGGAUCUUCUGGAAAUUGUGGCCAGGAUCCAUCAAGGGGCAACUAAUGAAUAA